CUACAACCAGCAGUAGCAACAGAAUCAAACGAGUAAGAAUACGAGAGUCGCGAAACGAAACGAAACGACAAAGAGAAGAGAACUUAUAACAUUUAUAAAAACUCACCUCCUUGCUCCUUUUAGUAGUAAAGUAAAGUAGUAGUAGUGUACGCGCUGUGAUACUUCGGUGAGGUGUUUUUGAGGUUGUGCACCGUUAAAACUGUGAUUUAAUCGUCAAUUAUUAAAAAAAGAAAGAUAAAGUUCUAUUUAAUUUACAAGUUGUGAUAAUAUAAAAGUUAAUAUAUCAAUAAAAUAAAGAUCUAGUGAGUUUUGCAAAAGUUAGUCACGGAUUAACGCGAAUUUAAUUUCGUACAUCAGGUGGCUGUGAUAAAAAAAAUAAACAAAAGAAAGAAAAGAUUACGACAACAGAGACGAAUGUAUCAACUGUCAAAGAAACGUUUGCGGAAUUUUGGAACGAUUCGUUUUACAAACUGAAACGAUGGAAGUUGUCGCCGCAACGCCCGGCAACGGAACUGUUCCACCGUUCCAUAACCACGACGUACACGAAUGGUCCAGAAUCGACAGUCUCACCGGGUGUCUUGAAAGAGCCAGAUUGGAGACUGACCACUGGACAGCGAGCACACAAAAUUCAUCGCAUAAUUAUAGGAAGGUAGUCGACAGCAGGGCUCGAUCUCGACCGGACGGACACGUUCAGCAGGAAGCUAAAAGGCAGCUGGAAGUCUUCAAUAGUCACGUACCCGGCGGACGUCUUCAAGUCAUCAAAAGCCAUACAGUUUCAAGUAGCAGGUGGACCUCAACAUCUCCAUCAACAAAUCCAAUUGAAUUUGAUAAUUUACAGCUUUCUAUAAAUCCAAUAGAUUUAUCAACGGAAAAGUCAAAAGCCCACCUUUCACGAUCCACAAGAAGACCACCAAGUCGAUCUUUACUACAAACAACGGCAGCAACAAAUUUAUAUAGGGUGUCUCAAAUAUGUAAUGAAUUUCAUAACGCUGCAAUAGAAAAUGUUAACUUUGGAGCAAAAACAACAAAAACACCGGUUGAAGAAAGAGAAAAUGGUGAUGGUAUUGAAAUUAUCGAAUUAGAAAAUGAUAGUUCAAGUAGUUUAACGAAAAGUUCGUCUUCAAACGAAAAUUUAAUUAAUUUAUUAUCAGAUCAAAAAUUACCGAUUAAAAGUAGCGAAGAUUUAGAGGAUUUAGAACAAUUACAAAAUUGGAGGAGGACUUCGAAAAUAAGGAGGUCUUUACAGUUUCCUGUAAAAAAUGUAAAAAGUUAUCAAAAAGUCGACGAUUUACCUCAAAAUACCGGAAGUGUGAGAAGAAUCAAAGAGGAUUUGGAGAAAGGGAGGAGGUUAAACGCGGCUUUAAGAGGGAAUAGCUUCGAUUUUGAUGCUUUAGAUCAAAUACUUCAAACUAUUAAUAUAGAUGAAAAUGAAAAUAAAGAAGCUUUAAAACAAAAAGACAAUUUUGUUACGGUUGAUUCAAUAAAAGAAAUGAAAGGGAAAUUAAAAAAAACGCCAUCAUUUAAAAAUAAAUUAGAUGAAGAUGAUGGCAUAGGUACGGAAUGUUCCCCAAAAAAUAACGUUCGAUCUUACAUUUAUGGCAUGGAAAAAAAUGGACAAACUGGGAGUUUAGAAUCAAAAAAACAUUUCUUAAACAAAAAUGAAGAUUGGCAUAAUCGGAGGAAAUCGUAUGGUUUUGAAAAAGUACAACAGGAUGAGACGAUAUCGAAUAAAUCAAAAUCAAAAGUUGAAUCCUCAACGGAUAGUGGAAUUUGUAGAUCAUCAGAAAUAUUUCCAUUCACUAAAAAAUCAUCAUCAAAAGUUAAUGUUAAUGAUUUUAAUAAUAAAAAGGAAGGAACAACGAUAACUAUACCGAUUAUAUCAAAGAAUUAUUCCCCUUUGGUGGAACGAAAAAAAAUUUUUGAACGCGAAUUAAACGAUGGGAUAUCAUAUUCAAUUGAAUCUUGGAAAAAAAACGAUGACAUCAAACGACAUUCAAUAGCCGUUGACGAAAUGAAAUACGUUAACGAAAAUCAAUCGAAAUUUCGGCGAACAUCAUUAGCUAUUAACACAGAUGAUGAUGAUAAUUUGAUUCGGGGAAGAAAAAAAGUCGAAUUUUGUAAAACCGAGGUACAUUUUGCCGCCGAUUCAGGUAAAGUUAAUAUUGUUGAAACAGAUGAGAAACCACCACCAACAAACAACUUUCGAAGAAGACGUAGAUAUUCGGGAUUAAUCCCUAAUGAAGAAUUUAACGCAAACGGUCUUCCGGUAUUUCAAUUCGGGGAUGAUCAACAAAUAAAUGAAGAUGAAUCUUUUCAACAAACGUUCGGAAUUGUUACUGUUAAUAACAAUAUUAAUCCGAAUGAGUUUAUCGAUGAAAAAGAUAAAAAUAUUGAUAAUAUUGAAACUGAGGCACCUAAAAGUAUUCUAAAAAAUAAACCUAUUAAACCAAAACCGUAUAUUUUAGGAUUAGAAAAUUCCUUAAAUCAUUAUAAAAUUGAUUCUUUAAAAAACGAUUCAAACAAAAAUGAUUACUUUAAAAAUGAUAAUUCCCCGUGGGGUGUUAAAUUAAAACCUGUAGAUUUAAACCCUCCGAUUUGGAGAUCAACCGUAACUGUAAGAAAUACAUUUUACGAUCAACAAAAUCAAAAUCACGAAAAUAAUAAACUACAAGAUAAUAAGUAUAAUUCUGAUAAUUUAUUAAAUUCAAUAAGGAUCCAAUCAACUCCAAAUUCAAUUGAUUCACCCUCGUUUUGCUCCGUACAAGAUCGAAUUAAACAAGUUGAAGAUUUAAAAAUUGAAAAUAAAGGUUAUUCGACUAAAAUUAAUUUUGGAAAUGGUGGAUCUGCUACGAUUGUUGAAAGAAAUGGCGAGAACCAUCGAAAUUUGUUAAAUGAUAGGGUAGGAAUGACGAAUUUAAGGAAUGAAAGGGGUACUUUCUCAAGAAAUGAAGAUGGAUUGAAAGAUAACACAACAACAACGAAAAUAACUAUUGAUCUCAACAACCGAACCGCAGCCGCGUCUCAACCACUCAAAUCAACCUCAUUGAUACUCAACACACUUAAGACUGAAACAACCCAUAACCUCCACAAUCAUCAUCAUCCUCACCGAAAUCAUAAUAACGAAAACGAAUCGAAAUUAGCUGUACAACAACUUGAAGAACUGAAGAAGCUUUAUGAAGACGUUUAUAGUGAUGAUAGCGAAACCGAUAAAGAAGUCCAAUCGUUUAUGACGAAAAACUUAGACAAUGGUAUCGAGGAUGCUGGAAGUGUCAUUUCUGGAAGCUGGACGAGAGCUACAGCUUACAAGAAUAUUUCACAGUACGCCCAGACUUGUAAUGUUGAUGACGGUAAAAAAAGGUUGCAUGCACAAUUAGAAAAAGAUGUGAAUGGUUUAAACAACAUUAUAAAAGUCACACCAUCAAUUCAGCGUACCAAUAAUGAAUCGAAACAUUAUCAAGAUAUGUCUAAGAAGCCGUUAAAACCAUCUAGUCCACGGACAACACUUUAUCAAAACCAACAAAAAAAUGGAAUCAAUUUAAAAACUCCUAAUUCAGAGAAUUUGGUUCUUAGACAACCAAAAAAAUCAGAAAUGGCUUACUUUGGGGUGCCAAUUUCGCCGCAAGUAACACGUCGAGCUGAACGUAAAGAUUUAAGAGCAGAUAAAAAUAAGGCUGUGCAAAAAUUGGAUUCAAACGAACGAAAUCAAAAUCCGAUUUAUGAAAAUGUCGAGCGAAUGAAUAAUAAUUCAAAGAAAAUGACUCAAACUAAAUUGAAGCGUGAAUUUGAUGCCUCAAUUUUAGAUGAAUUAACUAAAGCUGCCGAUCAAAUUCUUCAAGCCGUUAAUGGUUACACCGACGAAGAUCAUAAAUACACUACGACGGAUGAUGAAAAGUCGAAACGAAGGGUGGAACCGUUAGAAACGAUUUCUGAAACGAAAUCGUGGAAACAACAAAACGAAAGUAAAAUGAAACAGAAAAAUGUUUUUAGUAAACAACAAAAAUUGUCUUCGUCUUCCGUUGAUAGUGUUAAUAAAGAUAAACAUUCGAUAAAAUCUACGAGUUCUGUUGAACGGAAAAAGAAAUCAAUGGAAAGUAAUUCUAAAGCGAUCACGAAAGCGAGACGUUUACAAAGAGCAUCGAGUCGGGAGGCUUUAUUACAAUCCCACGGAUCUUCAUCAGAAGAUUUAGCCAUCGAGGUACCUCCAUUAAGAAAACCAAGAUUGAUUCGAAAAAAAAUUACUACUGCAAGUAUGAGUUUAAGCGGAAGUAGUAUGGAGGUUAAAAAAAAGGAGAAAAAUAAAGAUAAUGAAAGAUUACCUUUGGCACUUCCUGAAAUUCGACAUAAAACAGCCGUUUCCACUAUCCGUUCAACAGCAGAAAAGGCUAAAGAUAAUAAGUUAAAGGCAGAACAUAAAAAACGACCGAUUAAAAAAGAUAUUAAAAUGCCUUUUGGAAGUUCGAAAGUUGAAAAAUCCGCAAAAGAUGGGGCCACAUCAACACAUCAUCAACAGCAGGUUCAUAAGGAAAAAAUUUCGACUGCGAAUAUAAAAAAGUGUACCAGAUAUGAUUCGACAACGAAACGAUGAAAAAUCGAAAAAAGAAACGCUUCUUUAUUUAGAAUUUAAGUUCCUAAAAAAGCAUCGAUUUAAACUAAAAAAAAUCCUUUUUUUAUAAAUAUAACGAUUUUUAAUUUAAUGUUAACAUGGCUUUAAUCAAAACAAAUAAGACUAAUUCAACGAAAAAAAAAGGGAAGAAAUCGCCUAACAACGACAAAUUCCGUCCAUUUAAUUUAUAUAUUUUUUUUUUAAUUACUUUCUAAUGUGAUUUUUGUUAACUCCUUUAUUAUUAUUUAAAAAAAUAUAUGCUUGGUAUUUUGUGA